AUGGCUACUUCGGAAUCCCAAAAUCCCUCCUCCUCCUCUUUGAAUCCCGAAUUCAGAGGUCGAUACGAUAUUUUCUUGAGCUUUAGGGGCUUAGACACCCGCUAUGAUUUCACCGAUCACCUCUACCACGCUCUCAUGCACGAGGGGUUCCAAACAUUCAGGGACGACGACGAGAUCGAGAGGGGUGAGGUCAUCAAAUCCGAGUUGCUGGAAGCAAUCCGGAAUUCCAGGAUGUCGGUGAUCGUGUUAUCCGAAAAUUACGCUAAUUCGACGGCGUGCCUGUUCGAACUCCAAACUAUUUUCGAACUCUGUAAGAAGACGGAUCAUGUCGUUUUGCCCGUGUUUUAUAAGGUGGAACCUUGGGUGCUCAAGGAGCAGUCAAAGAAUCUGAUUUUUGAAAAAAAGGAAGUGGCGGCUGACAAAGCGAAGGGAUGGAGUGCAGUGCUUAAAGAGGUUGCGAGUAUGGCUGGGAUGGUUUUCCGGAAGGAAUCUACUGGGUAUGAAGCCGAAUUCAUUAAAAAAAUUGUUGGCGUGCUCAAAAACAAGCUAGCUGGAAAGCACCUGAGGGUUGACGACCAUCUAGUAGGUGUGGAUUCUCGAACUAAGCAUGUUGAUUCGUGGCUAAAAGAUAGGUCAACCAGGGCUGGCGUUCUUGUGAUACGUGGAAUGGGUGGAAUAGGGAAGACAACGUUUGCUAAAGUGUUGUAUAAUUCAAACUAUGGUAGCUAUGAUGCUGCCUGUUUCCUCCCCAAUAUUAGAGACGUUGCCAAAGAACCCGAUGGAUUAGUUCGUUUGCAAAGAAAGCUUCUUUCGAAUAUUUUAAAAAAAGAAGAACGCAAAUUGGACGAUGUAUUUGAUGGAUGUAGGAGGAUGAAAUAUGUCUUAACCAACAAAAGAGUUCUUCUUGUCCUUGAUGAUGUGGAUCAUGCGGACCACAUAUUUGCAUUAGCUGGUAAACAAGAUUGGUUUAUGCCAGGAAGUAAAAUAAUCAUUACCACAAGGCUCGAGAGCUUGAUGAAUGCUGAUCAUGAAAUUUAUAAGGUGUAUAGGCUUGAAAAAUUAUCUGAUGAUGAAUCACUUGAGCUUUUCAGUUGGCAUGCUUUUAGACAAAAACACCCUAUUCAAAGUCACAUAGCCUUAUCAAAAAGGUUUGUGCAAUACUGUGAUGGGCUUCCUUUGGCUCUUCAAGUAUUGGGGUCUUCUUGUCGAGAAAAAAGUAUAGAUGUAUGGGAAAGUGAUUUACACAAGUUGCAAGCAGAUUCUGAUUACACAAUUCUGGAAAAACUUAAAAUAAGCUAUGAUUCUCUACAAGAUAACCAUGACCAAAAUCUAUUCCUGGAGAUAGCUUGUUUCUUUGCUGGAAAGAAGAAAAAUGACACAAUCGCAAUACUAGAAGGGUGUGAUUAUUUUGCACUUGCUGGAAUUCAUAAUCUGGUGGACAGAAAUCUCUUAACAAUUGAAAAUGAGAAGCUGGGAAUGCAUCAGUUACUUCAGGACAUGGGAAAGCAAAUUGUUUGCCAAGAAUCUAAGCAUCCAGAGAAGCGUAGCAGAAUUUGGCGGCAUAUGGAGUCCUUCAGCGUUUUGUCAGAAAACAUUGGUACGAAAAAAAUUGAAGGCCUCAUUCUUGAUAUGAACAUGUUGAGAAUUUCAAACAAGGAUAUCUUUAAAUCUAUUACAUUUGAAAAGAUGUAUAAUUUGAGACUACUCAAGUUGAGUAGCGUACAACUCUCUGGAACUUUUCGGGCAUUUCCCAAAAGAUUAAGAUGGUUGUAUUGGCGUGGUUUUCCUUCAGAAUCCUUCCCCAAUGAUUUUCCUCUGGAGAACUUGGUCAAUCUUGACCUCCGUUAUAGCAACUUGAAACAAGUUUGGAGAGGAACUAAGGCUCUUGGAUCGUUGAAAAUUUUAAAUCUCAGUCACUCCCCCAGACUUGAAAAAAUCCCCGACUUCUCGAGAAUCCCCAACCUAGAGAAAUUGAUUCUCAAAGCUUGUCCAAGUUUGUUCGAGGUCGAUGAAUCUCUCGUAAAACUAAAGAGACUAGAGUCAUUGAAUCUUCGGGAUUGCAAAAAUCUGAGAAAGCUUCCAAGGAAUAUGAAUACGGUAGAAUCUCUAGUGGAAAUAAACAUUUCCGGUUGCUCAAAUCUCAUGGGGGCAAUAGAGGAGCUGGAGAAGAUGAAAUCACUGCGAGUUCUUCAUGCUAGCAGAAUGGAUAUAGAUCGUUUCCUCACUAAGGAGGUCGUGUCGCAAGGAUUUAUUUUGCCUUGGGUCCCAAAACCGAGGAUACGAAUGUCAUUGGCCUCUUUACCAAGUUCUCUAACACACCUAAAUCUUUCUCAUUGCAAUCUCACUGAGAAUGCAUUUCCUGAGGAUUUUGGUAAGCUCUCCAAGUUGCAGCAAUUAUUUCUAGGUGGAAAUCCAGUUUCUAGACUACCGAACUUCAUUAAAGAUCUUACCGCACUCCAAAUGCUGGAUUUGUCAUGGUGUCCAAAGCUCCAACAUAUUCUUUUUCCACCGAUUGGUUUAAACAAACUGGUUGUUACAGAGUGCCGGGCAUUGGAAAAAAUAACGUAUGAGACUUCGGCCAGUAUAAAAUUCAUCUCACAUGGCGCUUGCAUGAGUUUAGAUUACGUUCAGCAUGGUUUCAAGAUCUUACCUGUCAAAAAAGUCGAUGUGGAACUGAUCAACAAAAUUGGAUUCUUCAACUUGGACUCCAUGGCAAAUGUUGAGGCGUUCGUUGUUAACACUAUUGUAUGGAGUAGAAAGAAGUGUCCCAUCCAGAUACUGCAAGAAUGUUAUAUAUUCAGCACAUUUUUUCCUGGGAGAGAAGUUCCACCCUGGUUUAGCUACAGGAACUGUGGAUCCACUGUAUCUUUAACUAUGACUUCAUCAUCUGCUCAUUGCCGUAUUUCAGGCUUGAAUCUUUGUUUGGUAUAUACAGUUCCUGAAAAUCUGGAUUGGUUGCCCGAACCUUUAGAAGUUGAAGUAUGUAACAAGAGCCAAAGGAUGAAGAGGGUUUACGCACCAAGGUGCUAUGGCAUUCCAGAAGCAGGUGGAGAUAUGGUGUGGUUAAGCCAUUGGCUACCUGGAUCGACACUUUUUAAAGAGGGCGACGAACUGGAAGUUUUGUUCAAUUUGAAAGUUGAUGGAAAAAUUAAGGAGUGCGGAGUCCACAUUUUGUAUUUCAGAGAAGAUGAGAUGGGCAAAUACUUUAGCACGAUAUACCAUUCAUGGGAUUCAAAAAUGUUUCGGUUCGUGAACCGCAUCACUGAGAAAUGAUUCACAUGUAUCGGACAAUUCUCUUGGGAUCGAGAUUUCUAGAUGAUAACAACCUCGGAUCUGCCAGACCCAAUACUCAUAUUUUUUGAAUUUCUGCAAUUUUUUUUUCCCCGUUUCCCUUUGCCUUCUUUCGUGCUCUUGUCUAUUACAUGGCGCUCUCUGUCCUAUCUUUGGAGUACAUAAAAACUUAUGCAGUCAGGUUUUGGAGUGUUUGUUGACUAACUCAUUGUACUCUCAAGCAAUAUAUGACUAUAUUUCCUUGACAGAUGCAAAUUAA